AUGUCGAAAAAACGAUUUCAACAGUCAAUAACCGGACCCAAGGGAACUUUUACGAGUUUUAUUAACGGCAAUGAAGCUUCCCCUAACGAAGAUGAUGUAACUUUUCAGGGCUUCACAUCUUACAUUGACUUGUCUCAAGAGCCCCAGGAUGUUCUCUCAAAUGAUGGACAUGAAAGUAAUUGGCAUUUAGAACUUAAUAAUGAUCUCCAACCAAAUCUUCUGCCAGGUGAGGGGACAAUUUUCAGCCUGGAUAAAGUCCUCAAAUUUAACUCCUUCAUGAAUCUUAAGCACGGAGUAUCUGGAGCUCUCCAUAUCACCAAUUACAAAUUGUCAUUUGUAACAUCAAGUAAAUUACCAAAAGGACUUGGAUACAAACUUCAGAAUUCUGUAACUUGUGAAAAUGACAUUCCAUUCACAAACAUUGAUUGUAUAUAUCAAGUUGAAGACACAUUGGAAACCAGCAUAUCCAGUCCCUCAGUUGAUGGAAAUGGUGACCUGAUGCCUUCAUCUAUCACUUCAUCCAGCUUCUUCAACAAUGGUUUCUUCAACCCUGCAAAGGAUUUCUUAGUUUCUUGUAUAAAUUCUUAUUAUUCGCCUCCUUCUCUCUUGCCGUCCUUUCUCCUCCUCCUCCUCCUUCUCUCUUGCCGUCCUUUCUCCUCCUCCUUCUCUCUUGCCGUCCUUUCUCCUCCUCCUUCUCUCUUGCCGUCCUUUUCUCCUCCUCCUUCUCUCUUACCGUCCUUUCUCCCUCCCUUCUCUCUUGCCGUCCUUUCUCCUCCUCCUUCUCUCUUGCCGUCCUUUCUCCUCCUCCUUCGCCGUCCUUUCUCCUCCUCCUUCUCUUGCCGUCCUUUCUCCUCCUCCUUAGCCUCCUUUCUCCUCCUCCCCUCCUUUCUCCUCCUCCCUUGUCCUUUCUCCUCCUCCUUCCCUUUCUCCUCCUCCUUCUCCUCCUCCUUCGCCGCCCUUUCUCCUCCUCCUUCGCCGCCCUUUCUCCUCCUCCUUCGCCGCCCUUUCUCCUCCUCCUCCUCCUUCUCUCUUGCCGCGCUUUCUCCUCCUCCUUCUCUUUUCCGCUUUCUCUUCCUCCUCCUCUUUUCCGCUUUCUCUUCCUCCUCCUCUUUUCCGCUUUCUCCUCCUCCUCCUCUUUUCCGCUUUCUCUUCCUCCUUCUCUUUUCCGCUUUCUCCUCCUCCUUCUCUUUUCCGCUUUCUCCUCCCCGUUUUUUUUGUUAA